CUGGGGGCAAGAAGUACAGACAGGCAGGGGCCAAACUCUGAGGCUCUUAUUUGGAAGCAACCUCCGGUGACGGUGACGUGCCGCGUUGGAAUUCACCGCCGUGGUGCGAAGGAGAGCGCGACCCGCAGGCGCCUUAACAGGAGGGUGUGCCAGUGCCCGUGGGCGGGGCGAGAGGAGAGCGCCCCAUUGGGCAGAGCGAUGGUCACGCCUGCGCGGCGGCGGCCCCUCAAAAGGGGCCGGGUCCCGCGACUUUCAGUACUGGGCGGAUGGCCGGGUGGAGAGCGCUUCCAGCGCUGCUGCUGUUCUCGCUGCAGGUGACCCUGACAACCAGCGAGACCCCCAGGGACUACAGCGAGCAUGAAGCUCCCAGCGCCCGCCUCUCCGGGAAAGGCUGCCCGGCUGGUGAGUCCGGGAGGCCUUCCAGAACCUUCCAGGGCAGACCUCCUGCCUGGGGGAAGGGAGUCCGCCGGCCCUUUGAGCAGAGCUGGGGGCCGCCUGCGGGGAGAGCCUGGCUGCCUCGGGGUGGGGGGGCCUCCCCUGGGCAGCCACCCAGCGCCCCACCUCUGCACCCACAGUGGCAGAGGGGGGCCUCGUGUGACAGAGGGGGUGUGCUUGUGUGCAGGUGGAGGAGGUGGGUUCAGCAGGGCUGGGGGGACAGAAGGGGGCUGCGUGCCCAGGCUGGACGUGGCCGCCUUUGCUCCCGAGUGAGGGAAGCUGGCGUCACACACACACACACACACACCCACACACACACACACACACACGGCAAGUCCUUGCGGCCCCUCCGUCCUCCUGAGGAUGCUGAGAAGUGGCAUCCGCCUGGCGGCCCACCCCCACCCCACAGCCCCUCACGACCAGUGGCUGCCACAGCCCAGGGCCUUCGUGGGGAAGGUGGUCAGAGGCCCCUGGCCCCCACCCCCUCCGCACACACAGACAGGCGUGCCCACGUGACCCACGAAAGCCCCUUCCUGGUCUCCUCUGGUGAAAGGGCAGCCGCCAGCCGAGCCACCACGUCAGCCACUCACCCGCCCCCAGCCCCCCACACACACACACAUGCCUCGUGUGAUUCACGAACCUGCGCCUUCUCGGGGUUCCUGUUUCAGAGACCGAGCACCCCAGGCCUGGACUCCUGGCCUGGUACCCUCCCCACACUCACCUGCCCCCCGCUCCCGUCCACACACGCACACCUCUGCCUUCACACGCACCUACACGAACCACAGGUCGGACAGAGGGAGACCCCGCUGGUCUGAUGCGUGAUCUCGGGCGCCCCACCCAGCGCCCUCGCCCUGCAGGGCGUCCGUAAAAGCCGAGGGGGCUUCAGGUCCCCAGGUCCCGGGACACGUGUGGCCUUGCAUCUGUCCAGAGUGUUCCAGAGAGACAGAGCAGAGGGCGGGUCCUGCGAGGGGUGGCGGCAGGCCGUCCUGCAGAGGCCUCGGCGCCCAGACGGGGCCCCGCCUCCCCUCUGUGUCCUGCCUCACACAGGCCAGUAUGUCAGCCAACCGAUGGCCGGGGACCCCGGUGUCGUAGCGUGCAGGCCGUGUCAGCCUGGAACCUUCAGUCCCUACGCCAGCGAGGAGACCAGCUGCCUGCCAUGUGCCCUGUGCCGGAAGGGUAAGUGGGCUGCAGUCAGGCCAGCGUGUCCCCCGGGGCUCGGCCAGGGGACCGUCCCAAGGCACGUGGGCGCAGACGAACAGGGCGAUGAGCUGCCGGAGCAGCCGUCACGCAGGGCUGGCUUUUGGCAAGAUGGGGUGUUGAUGGGCUCAAAGCUCCACCGACAGGUCGUGAGCGUCUCAGGGCUCCCGUGUGUCAGGGCGAUAUACAGACACACGUCUGAACGUCUGUAUGUUGGCGACAGGUGGUUUUUGGACCUGUAACUUAAGGAUUACUUUUAUGGAGUUUCCUGGUGGCCUAGAGGUUAAAGAUCCAGAGCUGUCAUGGCUGUGGCUUGGGUCACUGCUGUGGUGUGGGUUCGAACCCAGUACCAGAUCUUUCGCGUGAUGGGGACACAGCCAAAAAAAAAAAGAUGCCUAUUGAUGUGUGUGUGUGUGUGUGUGUGUAUGUGUGUGUGUGUAGAGUGAGAGAGAGAUUUAUGCAUAUAUAUAAAUAAAACUUGUGCAUUAGUGAAUCAGGGUUCUGUACAUCACAAACUAAGACAAAUUAUAAAUCAACUAUGCUUCGAUGAAAUACACUUUUACACAAAUUCCGUUUGCAUUAGCAAAAACAACCCAAAACGCUGCUUUGGAAUUACUCCAGCACAGCACAGACAACUGUGUUGUGACCAAACAGCAUUCAAGGGAACCUCGCUAUGGAGAGACAGACCUCGAGGCUGCAAACGCGUGACUAGGUUUUAAAGACACCUCUUCUCCUGGAAGGAGCCCUAGAUCCGGUGCACCCCCCCCCCCCGGAAACCCCAACAGGAGGCCCCAGGUCAGGGUGCUGGACGCCUUCCACACUCACAACUGUUACAGCCUAAAGAUCGUGACGGGGAGUUCCCGUGUGGCGCAGCCGGUUAGGGACCUGGCACGGCAGCUGCGCCAGCCCGGAUCACUCCUGCGACUUGGGUUCGAUCCGUGGCCUGGGAACAUCCAGCUGCCGUGGGUGCGGCCAAAAGAGAACACCAGCCCCACAGGCGUUUCCCUGCACCCUGAGAAGGGGACAUUUGCCGCGACCUCCUGAAGGGCGCAGACCAGACGGCACAGGGGCUGCCACGGCGCGAGACUGUGGACCAAGAGGCCGGUCUCGUGGGGUGGACAGCAGGACGCACGGAAAGAGCCCCAUCGUGGGAAGUGCGGGUGUGGCCCUCCCGGGCGACAGCGUGGACCCCUGGGUCGAUGCUGAGAGGGGACCCAUGGUCCACACACAGCCCUGCCCCUCUGUCCUCCGUGGGGCACACAGGACGACAGAAGGAUCUGGAGAAGUUUCCGAGCAGCGCUCUGGCCCCGCCGCCGCUGGCAGGGGCCCCGGGGUCUGGCCGUUCCCUCCUCCCCGCCCCUGCAGGGAAGGGAGGGUGCCUGUGACGGUGCAGCGGGUCGCGGUUGGCACGAGCAGGACAGAGUCCCGGCCCUGGUGACUGACCGUCGGCCUCUGUCCAGCAGAUCAGGAGGUAGUGACCGAGUGCUCCCCGACCAGAGACCGGCAGUGCCAGUGCAAGCGGGGCCACUUCUUCUGCGACUCCAUGGACUGCGAGGAGAACUGCUUCCAGUGUCAGAGGUGCCCGCCUGGGGUGGGGAAUGAGGGGGAGUGGACUGAUCGGGGCCUGGGCCUGGGUCCCCCCAGCCCCCGACGCCGCUCAGGGCCCAGUGGGCUUGGGGUCCCUUAUGCAGCUGCCCCGUCCCGAGCUUCCACCUUCCCUUCUGUGCAAUGGGGCAACGGGUGCGCCCUGCUCCGAGGGGCGCCCCGAGGAUGAAGGCAGACCGAGCGCCUGGAUGUUUCCAUCUGGCGCCCGGACUGGAGCCCGGGCUGCGGCAGUCCCAGCUGCUGAGGACCCCGCUGUGGGUGACAUCACGGGCCUGGGGGCCCCAGCGAUGGGGGAGGCCUCCACCCACGAGCAGUGACCAGUCCCUGAGCGUGGAGGGGGCGCCUGGAGGCAGGUCUCUGGGGCAGAGGUGCAGCGGGGGAGGGAGCCCUAGAACGUUCUGGGGCGGGAGCCGCAGGCAGGGCCGUGCGUGGGGCCGGUCCCCCGCCACGGUGCGCGUUGGCUGGGCUGCGGUAAUGAAACAGCGCCCGUGGACGGCGAGGGGGACAAGACAGAUGGGUUUUUUCACAGCUCCAGAGGCCCGACGGGGAGGCGCAGGCGUCCGCGGGGCCCGCUCCCUCCGAGGGCGCCGGGAGGACCCUCCCUCACGCCCUCCAGCUCUCCAUCUGCCGGCUGUCCUUGGCGCUGCUUGGCUUCUAGAGGCAUCUCUGCAGUCUCUGCUUCCACUGGCAAGGGUCUCCCCCACCCCCGCCCGCCCGUUUGUGUCCCUGCCCCUGCUCGUGGCCCGCUCUGUGUUGGCACAGUUCCCUUCUGGUGAGCACACUGGUCGGGGACUCAGGGCACCCCGAUCCAGGAUGAGACCUCCUAACACGACUACCCUGCAAAGACCCUUUUUCCAAAUAAGGCAGCACUCUGUGGGUCCGAGUAGGCAGGGAUUUGGGGCGACUCGGGGGAGACGUUUACGGCGGUAAAGCCUCGUGCGAAAUAGCUCUCCUCUGGAGACUCUUAAACCCAGCUCAGACCGUGUUCAGGUGGUGCCCGUGUCCCUGCCAUGUCCACAGUGAGGGCUGCCUUCAGGUCUGGCUGGAUCAGGGCUCUGGCUUCUCUCGCCUGUCGCCUUCUCUCUGAGCUUCCUCUUCAGCUGACUUCCCUUUUGGUAGGGACGUGGCCACAGCAGGCCCUGUCCUCAGAGCCACACACGGCUCUAUCUGGGAACAGAGCCGGGAGGGUCCCUCCCCGUUGGUCCGAGGAUUCCCAAGCUUUAUUGUCACGGAGCCGUUAGCGUCCAGAGAGCCUGGGCCAUGCUGGGCACGGACUGCCUGGAGCCUGGCGGGCCUGCGCCGGAGCCGGGGCUGGUCCUCUCGCCCUUGACCUGUGCGUGGUCAGAGGCUGCGGCGGCCCGGCCUGGGGAGGGGGCGUGGCGCUGAGGUGUCCUUCUGUUGCUCCCAGGUGUGAGCACAGCGCCGUCCUUCGACCCUGCAAUGCCACCAGGGACGCGGUUUGUGCCGACAGACCUCACCCACAGCCGGAAGAUGGCAGCACGUUGUUCAUCGUUCUGGGGGCCCUGGCCCUGCUCAUCCCCGGCCCCAUCGUGUUCUGCUGUAGAAGACGCAGUAAGUCAGAGUCAGAUGGAUCCUGGAGAAAACCCGAGCGGAAAGAGCGUUGGAAACGGGGUCCGGGCUUCGUGACCAGGCGCUUGGGGUCUGAACGCAGUUCUGGGGCCUCCUCGUCCGGGGGCCCCUCUCGGGUCUGAGCUCAGAGCCGCCGGCCCCGCGCGCCCCGACGUGCGGGGCUUAAGAGCAGAGGCUCAGGUCCGCUGGCGGGAGCCGGGGUGUCCGGGGCGCCCUGGGCCGGGAAGCAGGGACGGACAGGUGCUGCUCCAGCCAAGGGGCAAAGUGGGGGAGGCGGGGCCGCCUGACUAAGUCCCUGUCCUGCCUUUUCCCAGUCUUGGGGCUCCUCCAGUGGGUGGCCGGUCGCUGGAAAGGUAAGGACGUCUUCUUUUCCUUUUGAUUGAGGGCCGCUCCCGCGUCACCUGGAAACGCCCAGGCUAGGGGUCCAUUCAGGGCCACAGCUGCCGGCCUCCCCCAAGCCACAGCAGCCCGGGAUCUGAGCCACAUCUGCGACCUACAGCACAGCUCACGGCCACGCCGGAGCCUUCGCCCAGUGGGCGAGGCCAGGGAUCGAACCUGCGUCCUCCAGGGUGCUAGUCGGAUUCAUUACCGCUGAGCCAUGACGGGAACCCCUCUGUCACGGUUGACAGCAGUUCUUUUCCGUUCGCGUCUGUUUGAUUUGCAGGCAAUGAGCAUGAACAAGGCAGCUUGGUAAGUAUCAGCCGGGAUCUGCCCCGUGGGGACCCGGGAGGCGUCCCGGGGGGCGCAGGGCAGCCCCAGGCCUUCCCACCAGUGUCCACACGUGGCCCGUGCGGUGGUGUCUGUGCCACCUUCUCAGAGCCCUGCAGGGUCUGUGUCGGCAGAUCUCAGUCCUGCCGGUUGUCUGAAGCAGGGGACAGAGGGCUCUGUGUGGCUCCCGGGGCUGGACCCACAGCGCCCAGACCGCGGGGUUGAGAACGAGUGGAACUCACCGUCCUGCGCAGCUGGACGCCAGAGACUCGAAGUGCCAGGGUCAGCGGGGCCAGUUUCGGGGGGGCUCUCGAGGAGUCCUGCCCUGGUUCCCGCCAUGGGGACUGGACGUCCUUGGCCAGUAGAUGCAUCGUCCAGCCCCUGCCACCUCCCGUGGCCUGUCCCCCUGUGUCUCCAUCCUUGGACCCCUCCUCUGAAGGACACUGGUCCUGGGCCACAGGUCCCCUUGAGUCCACUCUGACCUCGGCCAGCACGGGUACUAGGGCUUUGGACAUGGCCCUAUCUUUGGGGCCAGCUGUCAGCCCCCCUCAGGCUUCUCUUGGGCUCCCCAGGAGUCAGGGGCCGAGCAGGGCCCCGCCCUCCUGCCGUGUCCUCUCACACAUGGCGCUGCCCUUGCGCACCCAUCCGAAAGCUGGCAUUUCUUUGCUUGGCAAGGGCCUGUGCUCCAGGCCGCUGUCGCCAGAAGAAAUGGCUUUGUCCUUUAGGCACAUAGAUGGAACCGGCCCUGCGAGAUGCUGCCGCUCAGAGACCCGGAGAAUGAUGAAGUCGCCUCUCUAGACGGGAGUAGCCCGCUGGCGGUGAGGAAGGGCUCGGCCCUGGCGCUGGAGGCCGGCACCCGCCCGGAGCCCUCCCAGGCCCCUGGGCAGAGCUUUGAGCUGCAGGAGGUGGUGGCCGAGGGAGGGCCAGCAGCCCCCGAGCGGAUGCUGCAGACGGAGGCUCCCGAGGCCUAGGGAGCCCAGGGCCAGGCGGAGGUGUCGGCCUCCCUGGAGCAGCUGGAGCAG